GCCAUCCUUGAACUUGUAGCAACGGGAUCCGUUUCUAAACUUAAAAAACAUUUUGGUCAAGUGUUAGAAUAUGCUGACAAGCUCUGCCCUCGGGAAGUUUGGAUUGUGCAUUUUUCUAGAGAAGAUUCUUCUACAUCUGAUCCAUACUGGCCAUGUGAAAAUCUUCAGAAUGGAAGAUUCAAUAUCAUACACUUUUGGCAUGACCAAAAUUUUAGUAAUGUUCGAAUGAGUUCCAGAUUUCGGGAUGCCACUGGUAAGUUUUGCGAAAUUAAAGAUGAACAAAUCUUACCCUAA